UUUGUGGAACGAUGUGACAGACCAAGGCAGUGUCCUUCCUUUCAUUCCAAGUCGGAACGGGGGGCAUAUGGCGGCACAUUUGAAGAAGCAGCUAAAAGAGGCAGUGAAAAUCAUCGGCUCAGGUAGCCUCCUCUUUGCCUCGUACCUCACAGUGGUGGGAGAUGAGUGUUUCUAUGCCCACCAGUUGAUGCCCCUGCUACAAAGUGUAGUGGGGGCAGAGACGGCCCAUGUGCUUGCGGUUAAAAUGAUUAGUCUGGGUUUGGUUCCUCUCAACCGCUAUCAGGACCCACAGUCACUGGAAGUUAACGUCCUUGGCUUAAAGUUCAAAAACCCUGUUGGGAUCGCGGCGGGCUUCGAUAAGCACGGAGAAGCAGUGGAUGGUUUGUACAAGAUAGGCUUUGGCUUUGUUGAAGUUGGGACCAUCACUCCCAAACCGCAAGAAGGCAACCCCAAACCACGUGUGUUCCGACUAGCAGCAGACCAUGCCAUCAUCAACAGAUAUGGUUUCAACAGCUGUGGUGUUCUAGAAGCACAGCAGAGGUUGAAGGUCCGGAAGGCUGCUCAACAGGAGCAAACUAGAGCCGGCCUUCCCCUGGGCAUCAACCUGGGGAAGAACAAGCAGUCCCAGGAUGCAAGGGCAGAUUACUUGGAGGGGAUGAGAGUGCUGGGCCCACUGGCUGACUACCUUGUGGUAAAUGUCAGCAGUCCCAAUACGCCAGGUCUCCGCGACCUACAAGGCAAAGCUAAGCUCCGCCGGCUGCUCCAUACGGUGUUGAAGGAGCGGGAUGAGAUGCAUGAGGGACACAAGCCUCCGGUCCUGGUCAAGAUCGCACCUGACCUCAGUGCACAGGACAAGCAAGACAUUGCUGACGUCGUUACUGAGCUUGGAGUGGAUGGCUUAAUGGUGUCCAACACCACUGUGUCCCGGCCAGAGAUGCUACAAGAUCCUCAACGGUGUGAGACUGGUGGGCUGAGUGGGCAGCCUCUCAAAGACAUGUCCACAAACACAGUCCGAGAAAUGUACAGCCUCACUAAAGGGAAAGUGACAAUCAUUGGAAUCGGCGGUGUGGCCAGCGGACGGGACGCGAUGGAUAAAAUCCGUGCUGGUGCAUCAUUGGUUCAGCUUUACACAGCUUUGGCCUACCAGGGUCCUCCUGUAGUGACCAAGAUAAAGCGGGAAUUGGAACACCUUCUGAAUGAACAAGGAUUUAGCACUGUUUCUGAGGCCAUUGGGGCCGACCAUAGGGGAUUAGGUGGCUCGACUCACUAGUGACGCCCGGCAAGGAUCGCGGACACAAGAUGAUAUCGCCGCCUCCUCUGCAGCAGUUAUUCCUCCAGCUGGGCAGAAGUUCAUCUUUUUGUUACAGCGUAAUAGCAAUUCGCAGAGUGCUUCAACUCUUCACCCACCCCUCCUUGUUUUUACAAAUGAAUGAAUGCUCUUGUUGUAAAUGCAUAAUAUAACAUUCUGAAGACAUCCAUCCAUUUCUGUACCCUUGUUCAGGGUCACAGGGAAACUGAAGCCAAUCCCAGGUGACCUUGGAUUAGAGGCGCAAUACACCCCAACCUGAUCACCUCUCAAUCACAGUGGAGACAAGACAACCACUCACACUCAUGUUUUUUGACUGUGGGAGAAAGCUAGACAAGCACAGGGAGAACAUACAAACUCAAUACAUGCAGUAAUGGCUUGAGCUGCACGUCAAACCUGGAGCCUUCUUGUUGUGAGGCAGCAGUACUAACGAAUGUUCUGCUGUUCAGUUCAUGUGGACACAGCAUUGAUAUAUAUAUACGGUACAUAUUUUAUUUUCUAGAUUAAUUAUAAUAGUUAAAUUGUACACAGAAAAGCAGUACGUGUCAUUUAUUAAAAGUAAUUUGAGCUGCUGUUUCUUGUCCCCUAAUUCCAGUAAUGGGAUACAUAGCCUAAUUUGUAUUGCAGAAAUGGAAAUGAUAGUUGCAAAUGCAGUAUACCGGUAAUACAUACAGCAGCUGUAUUGCAGGGUCUGGUUUCCUUUUAAACAGUUCGAAUCACACAGUCAUAAAUUGAAGUUAGAAUUUUUAGUUAAAAUCCCAGAUUGGUAAAUUAUAUUGUGACAUACAAAUUUACUGGAAGAGGGUAAGGAUACCAUUACCGCUGAGUUAAAACUGGAAUGCAUUAUUUUAUAUCUGAAUAAAUUUGAAUUUUAAUCAUUUAACAGAAUUGGGACUAAAUUACAUGGUUAGUAGUGAUCUGCAUGUAUUAUUAAUUUAAUCACACAUACAGACUUCCAACUCAAAGUUAAUGAAGAGCUUGUAGGAGCAGGCAAGCGCUGCCUCCUGGCACAUGUGCGAUAACAAUGCAAAUAGUACUCAAAGAUGGAAUUUGAUAUUCAGGAUGUAUUAGGUGUAAACAUGAUAAAGGGAUAGCUCCCAUUGUCUAAUCUGACAGUCACCAUCACAUAUUCAUUGUUUUUCCUAUUCUGCCUUUCCAUUUGAGGGAAAAUUGUUUUGGCAUUAUUUAAAGGAAUAGCACUGGCAAGCAGUAGGUAGACAAAGACAGUCAGAAUAUACAUUCUGCUCCCUGGGUUCCAUGAGACACUGCUCUCAUGUUGUAUUUUGUAAGUUCCCAAUAUGAUGACAUUUACUGAUUUAUUUCGAACUUGGUUUGCUCUGACAAACCAAUCAAAGGAAGGAAAUAUGAUGACAUUGUGGGCUAGCUGGCCCGCUGAGGUGAGUUGGAAAUUUGAUUGGUUAAAUCGAAACACAGUCUAAAUGGUUCUAAACAGUCUAAAUUACAUCGGCCAGUCCUAAUUUUGAAAGAUUAUCUUGUCAUAGCAGCUCUGAUUGGACCUAAUCUUACAUCAACAUGUACCAGAAGCAAUGCAGCCAAGAGAAGUGCUAUGAAGUGAAGAGAAUAGACUGUUGGGAAUAAAUUGAUACAAUUUCACGGACCCAAUAUUAGAAUGCAGGUGAAAUGGAAGUCACUGCUUCUGAUUCAGUGUAGGCCAGCAGAGAAGGCCUUAUAGCCCUGACUUCUCACCACCCAUAUUUUUUUGUCAAUCCACUGCUUGUCAGCACUGUUGAUACAAAGAUGCUACAAUAUAACAGUUAUACGUAACAAGAACUGAUGGUAUAUAGGACAGGCAGAAGAAUAAGCAAAAACAAUUGAGCUGUGAUGGGGACGACAGUCGGAAAAUGACUUGAAUUGGUUGUUUACAAAUAGUUGGGUCAAUAGUUAUUGCCAUGGCUUGUCUGCGAGGCUGGGCAAAGACUGAAACGCCAUGUUAAAACUGAACGCAAAGCGGAACUGCAGCGUUUACUUUUGACGAUGUGUCCUCUGCAUGCAGAUACUGUAACUUGUUGUCUUGUUGAUUAAAUGCUGCAUCUGUGAGUAAAAAUGUUGAUUUUACUUUUAUACCUUUAGAGGCAUUGAUUUUUGUCAAUGUCUUUAUGUCCCCAAAGUGUUCUGUAAAUUGACUGUCUGUUGUACUAGAGCGGUUCCAACUAAAGGAGACAAAUUCCUUGUGUUUUAGACAUACUUGGCAAAU